AUGUCUACCCGCAAGAGAAAGGCCGAUCCUGAGGAAGAGCUCCAGGCCCUUCCUAGUGAUGAGAGUGAGGAGGAAGAAGAAUAUGAAGACUCCGAGCCCGAUGUCUCGGACGUGAGCGACGAGGGCGAGGAGGAAGAGGGUGGAGAGUAUGACGAAAGCGAGGAGGAAGACGAGGGAGAGGAGGUUGAAGGAGAAGGUCCCCCAGCCCACAAGAAACAGAAGACCGAGAAAGGCGCCAAUGGCAAAAAGGUCGAGGAUGACGAGGGAGAAGAAGAGGAACCCGCCGAGGAGGACGAAGGCGAUGAAGAGGAUGCAGAUGAUACUGCAGAGACUAGUGGGCCUGCUGCGGCUGCUGCGAAGGCCAAGGGCAGUGUUGUUCCUAAGGAAUCUGAUCUCCCAGAGGUUGAUGCCGCUGCGGAGGAGGAUGAGGAGUAG